AUGAAAGGUGCUGAACGAAAAGCAGAAACUGCAAAUCUUGGAGAUCUGUUUCUUAAGAACGGGUCGUGGAGAUUUGGAGUGGUGAAAGAAAACAUUGUUGUUAAAUCUUUUGAUGAAAAUGAUGAAAGGGUUGUUCGUGUAGGCACCCUUGUUAUUAUUCAUUCAAAAUUACUAUUGGAGGACUUAGUAGUUUUCCAAGUUUUUGACAGGGAAGGAGAUAAAAGUGAUGAAACAUUAUGGGUGGGAGAAAUUGCAAAAAUGGUUCCAAUUGUACGAGAAUUAGUGGCACCUUUUCAAGCUGUCAGCUCACCUCUUCAGCGAGUACAAAUAUCUGAAAAUGUUGCAUUAUGUAAUCAACUAGCAUGUAUUGAAGUUGGUGUAAUUGUGAACCUUACUCCUGAUCUGUUCAGUGGUGGGGAAUUAUUUGAGCCAGAAAUGUCCCUUGUUCGAUACAAAGGCCCAGUCCCAGAACUAGGAGUUGGACAUUAUUUUGGUCUAGAACUUUUGGUCAGUGGUGCUGCAGGGGAUAGUGAUGGUAGUAUCUGUGGCAAGAGAUAUUUUACUUGCCAACAAAACCAUGGUACUUUUGUUGCUUUAAACAGACUAGUUCCUUAUCAUAGAACUAAGAACAAAGAAGUAGAUCAUUCUCUCAAAGUUAUAACUCACAACAAAGAACCGAGUACAAGUGAAGUAAUUCCCAUUUCAAGUGCUAUCCUCAUGCCGUCCAAUGAUAAAAGAGUGCAGCACCAUGUUGAAAAUGCAGACUCUUCCAGUUACAAAACUACUCUUGUGUUUCAUCUGAAGGAAAAAGAUAACAUGCCCAGAAGUCAACCUCAUAGGUUAGAGAGAACAGAGAAGCUUAUUGAUUUGGAGUCUGGUUGCAACACCCGUGAUGUGGAUAACACAGCACUUCGUGUAGGGGAUCAAGUUGUGUGGUUUAGAGAUGCUGAACCUGAGUACGCUACUGUCAAGUGGAUUGGACAUCUUGAUAACUCACCUGACAUUAUGGUUGGAAUUGACUGUGACAAUCCUGUAGGAAAUGGGACUGGAAGCCACGAAGAUCGAGCAUACUUUAAAGUAAAGAAAGAUCAUGCAAAAUUCAUACCUCUUGCCAGUCUUGUCAAGGCUGAGGAUUUUUUACAAAAACCAGGAGACCAUGUGAAAAAGAAGGCAAAAAAUUGGAAGUAUAUUGAGAAUUGUGGCAGCCCUGCAACUCACCAUUGCAGUGCCAUUAGUGCUGAGCCUCCAAUAAUGAACUUGAUUGAUGUUCCUGACAACAUUCCUAGUCCUUUACACAGUAAAGAUAAACAGGACAAUGGCCUGUGUAGGUCAGAGUAUGUUUUCUCCGAGUCAGGACUGGAACCGGCAGGAACUAAAAUGGACAAUGGAGGCAAACAUUUAGCUAAAGAUUCCAGAAACAACAAUCUCAAAAAAUUCUGCAAUGCAUCUAAUAAUUAUUUUGAAGAAGUGAGUCCAAGACAUAGUGUACCUGUAGAAAAUGUGAUGCCAAGGCAUUUGAGUGAGCAGGUACCUAAGAACAACAAUGAAAUGAAGUUAAGGCAUUCCACAGUGAAUGAAGUCCCUAGCCAAAGUGUGUUGUGUGAAAGUGAGUGGCCAGCCGUCAGUGACAGUGCUCCAGUGAGAGACAGACGUCCAAGAGCUAUAGCUCCUGGAGGGAGACCUACCAGACUGAACAAUGUAGCCAGUAAAGAACCUAUGUUAGAAGUUGUUGGGGAAGGUUUGUUCCCUCCUCAAAGCAAAUUAACUGAGGCUAACGACACUUUCUUAUCUACAAGUCCCAGUGCUAGCAGUGAUGGGAGUACUGGGUAUGAACAUCUUCCUGAUUCUCCAAAUGCUAAAGAACCUACAGAUUUGGGUGUAGGAUCUGUGGUGGAAGUCUUAGUUAAUGGUUCACCACGGUAUGGUGUGAUACGUUGGAUUGGAGUCGUACCAGAAGAUAAAAGAAAAGGAAGAAAAGUAGCUGGUAUUGAAAUGGAGGAAGAGCAUGUGGGCCUCAGUGAUGGAACAUUUAAUGGUCGACGGUACUUCCAGUGUAACCCAAAGAAGGCAAUGUUUGUGGGUCUAAGUCAGUGUCAGAAAGAUAGUAGGUUUCAAGAUAUGCACCCUUACCAAAAUGACACCAAAGCAAAAAACUUUGGGCAUGAGAUGUGUCCUGUUAUCCCUGGUGUUGUAAAACCUCUUUGUUGGAAAGAUGAUUCUGAGGCUCAUUGUGGAAAAUUCAAAGGAAUUCAAGGCCAUCACAAUUCGUGUUAUUUAGAUGCUACCCUUUUCAGCAUGUUUACUUUUACAAGUGCUUUUGAUGGGUUAUUAUUCCGACCACCUACUGGAAAUGAUAUUGAGCAGUACGAAGAAGUACAACGAGUUUUACGAGAAGAAAUAGUCAAUCCUCUUCGACGAAACUUGUAUGUUCGAGCAGAUAGAGUAAUGAAAUUAAGAACUUUGUUGGAGAAUUUGAGUUCAGUGACUGGGCUAACCAGUGAAGAGAAAGAUCCAGAGGAAUUCUUGACAUCUCUUGUAGCUCAGAUACUUCGAGCUGAACCUUUUCUGAAAUUGAGUUCAGGUCAAGAAGCUUAUCAUUAUCAGUUGUUUGUGGAGAAAGAUGAACAGUUAACAAUGCCAUCUGUUCAACAACUUUUUGACCAGAGCUUCCUGACCAGUGACAUAAAGCUCAAAGAAGUAAACUUUCAUGUUUCUUGUGUGCCAUCCUGUCUUAUUAUUCAAAUGCCUAGAUUUGGAAAAUCAUUCAAAAUGUAUCCACGAAUCCUGCCUACACAGUUGUUGGAUGUGACUGAUAUUAUUGAAGAUUCUCCACGGCAGUGCACUGUUUGUGGAAAACUGGCAAAAUAUGAAUGUAGGGAGUGUUUUGGACAGUGCGGAAGUGGUUUGGAGAGCAUUGCAUUUUGUACAAAAUGCUUAGAAACAGCACACAGCCAUCAGCGGCGUGGCGGACAUGCUUGGCGUAAACUGCAAGUGCCAGUCGAGUAUUCAAUCCUUCAAGAUCAUUGCCACAUUCCACGACUUUAUAUGGAACUUUUUGCAGUUGUGUGCAUUGAAACAUCACAUUAUGUUGCAUUUGUGAAGUGCGGUAGUGGAGCGGAUGCCCCAUGGUGCUUCUUUGACUCAAUGGCUGAUAGAAAAGGGGAGCAGAAUGGCUACAACAUCCCGGAGAUGGUUCUGUGUCCAAAACUGCCAUACUGGCUAUCAGAUGAAGGAGCCCUUUCCUUGCGGGAGGUUAGAGACGACAGGCUGUUACCCGAGCAUGCCAAGCGCCUUUUAUGUGAUGCAUACAUGUGCAUGUACCAGAGUCCAGAUGUUAUGAUGUAUCGAUAGAAAGAGGAGUGAUCUGCAAUCUGGUCUGAUAUGCCAAGGUAUGGUACAGUGAUCUUGAUGGUAUUUAUUUAUUUCUGUAAUAAAUCUGGUAUUUUGGGCAGUACAUUAAUUUGUUUUGUCUAUUCAUACAACUCUGUAUUUAUGUAUCAUAGUGUAUGCAUAUUCUGUAUGUAUGUAAAUUUUCAACAUUCCCGUAAUUUCUUACAAAUCUUAUAAAGUAGAAAUUCUCCUCACUAAUGUGUAAUAUGAUCAGAAACACUUUCUAUUUAUUUAUUGUUGAAUUGUAAUUAAAAAAAUUAAGUAGUUAUUGACUCAUUGUAUGUGUUUGGCUUUCUGAAGAAGUAUUGUCUUUUAAAAUUGUUUUUAUAAAUCACUGUUGGAGAAUGGAGCUCAAACACAGAUGAUAUCAUUUUAUAUUUGCACAAGCUAUGUUCAGUGUCAAAUGAGCUCAGAAGAACUUUGAUAUGGUUGUUAAAUAUGCAACAUCAAAACAAGACCAAUAAAAACAUAUGUUGGCC